UCGUCGAGCAACCUUGGCGAGCUAUUGAACUCAACUUGCAUUGACCUUCGUCUGCGAUGACCCGUGUCCACACGCAGAGCCGCAUAUUGCAGACCUUCCGGGCGCUUGGCGUGGUUGCUUCCGACGUGCCGGUGGCGUACUCCCGCGCUGGCUUCAUCACGGCUGCCAUCGGCAAGAGCUUCCAGGUGUACGAGACCGAGAAGCUCACGCCCGUGGCCGUGUCGGCGCAGCUGCCCAAAAAGAUCCGAGCGCUCACGACGGUGCUACACAAGAACCAGACGUUCUGCGCCGUCGGCCGGGACAUCCACGUGUUUGAGCGAGUGAAGGAGACCACCAUCCUCCAAGGUCACUCGGCGCCGAUCACACACUUGCUGGCCGUGGGCGAGUACUUGUUUUCCACGGGCGAAGAUCACACCAUGCGUGUGUGGAGCACUCUGACUCUGGAAUUGGUCAACUCGAUCGAGUUUGCUGACAACUUUACCCCCACCGUGUUAUUGCAUCCAGCAACGUACUUGAACAAAAUUGUGGUCGGGUCGGCCCAAGGCGAGCUGCAGCUGUGGAACGUGCGCACGUUAAAGUGCAUUUACUCGUUCAAGGGCUGGGGCUCCGAAGUCACCAGCGUCGCGCAGAGUCCGGCGGUGGACGUGGCGGCAAUCGGGCUCGCCGACGGACGCAUUUUCGUGCACAAUCUCAAGUUUGACGUAACGCUGAUGCAGUUUGCCCAGCCAACGGAAGGUCGGGUGACGUCGCUGUCGUUUCGAAAUGACGACAAGUCUCCGUGGCUGGCGUCUGGCACGUCGUCGGGUGAUGUGAUCUUGUGGAACUUGGAAACCCAGCGAUUGCAGGCGAAAAUCCCAGUCGCGCACGACGCAGACGUGGCCACCGUGCUGUUUUUGCCAUCGGAACCGGUGUUGCUCACGUCGUCCGGCGACAACAGCAUCAAGCUGUGGAUCUUUGACCAACUCGACCAAACGGCACGUCUCCUCAAAUCGCGCCAAGGCCACAAAGCCCCCCCAACCACAAUCCGAUACUACGGCCACGAUAUUCAAAAGGACGGGAUGGUGUGUCAGAUUCUGUCGGCGUCGCAAGAUCGGUCGUUCCGGCUUUUCCACACAGCGCGCGAACAGCAAAGUGCCGAAUUGAGCCAGGGACCACUGCUGAAAAAAGCCAAACGGCACUAUGAUUUUAAAUUGUCGCCGAUUGUGCAGUUGGCGGCGAUUGAUACCCGUGAAAAAGACUGGCCCAACGUCGUCACGUGCCACGUGAAUGAACCGGCGGCGUAUGUGUGGUCGAUUAACCGAAAGGCCAUUGGGAAAAAGGUGCUGCGUCAGAUUGACGACAAUUUGUACGACGAAGCCGUGCACCACCACUACAAAGCCACGGCCGUGGGCAUCAGUUCGUGCGGCAACUUUGCCCUGGUGGGUUCACAAGGCGGGGCAAUCUACCUAUACAACAUGCAAUCCGGCGAAAAGCGCGGGUCGUUCCCGACGGCGGCGACGGACGCCCCCAAGCUCAUCAAAUCGCUGACGCUUCCAGGGGCAUCUUACGUUUCCAAGGCAACCGACGGGUCUCUAGAGGACAAACACACGGCGGCUGUGACGGGUGUGGCGGUGGACGUGCUCAACGAGACGGUAGUGUCGACUUCGCUGGAUGGACUGGUGAAAUUCUGGUCAUUUUCGAGCCAUUCGGUCGUCGGGACGCUGGAUCUGAAGAGUCCGAUCACGCAAAUAGAGCUGCACAAGGAGAGCGGGCUAGUCGCAGUCGCGUGCGAUGACUUUGUGGUGCGCGUGGUGGACUUGUCUACGAAGAAGGUGGUCCGCCAAUUGAGAGGCCAUGUCCACCAGGUCACGGACGUGACGUUCAGUCCGGAUGCGCGGUGGCUCGUGACUAGCGCCGCCGACGGCAGCCUCCGCGUGUGGGAUCUCCCCACGGGUAAAUGCAUCGACUUUGUCAAGUUCAAACAUGCUGUGACCAGUCUGAGUAUGUCCCCCACGGGUGAGUUUAUCGCCACGGCGCACACGGGCCAAGUGGGCAUUUACCUGUGGGCGAACCGGUCGUACUUUGAAAAUGUGUUUGUCGACAAGGAACCGACCGACGCGAUUGCCAUGGGCAUGCCGGUGCCGCUGAGCGAGGAAGAGAUGCCGCUGGACGUGCACGUCGAGACGGCGGCGGCAGAAGAGGACCGAGUGGGGCACCAGACGUCGUCGUCUGGGGCAUCCGACUUGUUUGAGUCGCCGAUCGGCACGUCGACGGGGCUUGUGACGCUGUCCACGGCGCCCAAGGCCAUGUGGCAGUCGCUGUUCCAGCUUGAAUUGAUUAAAAAGCGCAAUAAACCCAAACAAGCCCCCCAAGCCCCCCCCCUAGCCCCCUUCUUUCUCCCCACCGUACGCAAAGAAGACGUCCACCCUACCUUCGAGUCGCACGGGGUCGCGCCGACUAAAAAAACCAAGAAGACCAACGCUAGUACUACUAGUAGUAGUAGUACUACGACUACUACGAACCCCGAGUCGACAGUGGACGAGGCGCCCAUGGCUGGCUGGGGGGGGCCCGACGACGACCAAGCGUGGGGCGACGACGACGACGAUAACGAUGUGACGGACAACAACAAGUCGACCCUCCUCUCUGGGUCUUCUCGCAUCGUCAAGUCCUCCGGGCUGACUUCAUCGCGGUCUAAGUUGGCAACAUUGCUGGAGUUAGCAUCGACGGAGCCCAGUCUGCCAGUUGAAGGCGGCAGCGCCACGGCUUACAAGCCGCCUCCGGUGCUCGCGUACCUCCAGAGCCUAUCGGCGAGCGGCGUGGACGUGGAGCUGAGCACGCUGUGCAUGGGCGAGUUCGACGAGGAAGGCAAGCGGCACUUGACCUGGUUCCUAGACUUCCUUGUGGAUAUGGUGGCCCACCGCCAGCAGUUCCAAGUCGUCCAGGUGUACUUGAAUCGGUUCGUUAAAGUGCACGAGGAUAUUGUAGUGGGUGACGCGGCGUUGCUGGCCAAGGUGCAGACGUUGCACACGUUGCAGCAACAGGCGUGGGAACACCUCCAGCAACUAUUGCAACACAACUUGUGCUUGGUUCAGUACCUGAGUAAAAUGCAAAUGUAAUACCAGCCCACCCUCGAUUUAU